AUGUAUUCGGAUCAGAAAAAUAAAAAUAAUAACAUCAGUACUGACGAGUGAGUUUGGAGAGUUUUGAACAAGAAAACAUCGGAGUUCUAGAAAGUCUAGGAUAUUUUUCCAGUGUCGAUGAGCAAAAAUGUACUCCAGUGAAUCGACACAAUAAAAAACCAUCUCGCGAGUGAGUUUAUCUAUAUUUUUGAUAUAGUUUUUGAGAUGAAAUUCGUGAUUUUUUCAGAAUUGUGCAUGACUCGAAUACUCCAGAGUAAGCUUCAAUGUUGAAUUCGCGAGAAAAAUCGAUGAAAUUUCCGCAAGAGCAAGAUUUGGCUGAGAAUUUAUAAGAUCUCCCUGGAACUAGUGCUCCGAAAAUCAAUAAAUUUGGCUCGAGAAGUCCAGUGUCAGAGAUUUUUGAUAAAAUAUGUUUUCUAGUAGAUGUCGAUCCGCUGAUCACGAUCACGCCGUCGAAAAUUGCAAAUCUCAACUCCUACUAUGAGUUAUGACGUGGCAACGUUUUUAAAUUGUGGAAAAUCGUCACUUUAAAAGCCAAUAGCUAAUUAGAGUCACGUUUUUUUCCAGAAUUUUAAAACUUUGCCACGUCAUAGCUCAUAGUCAGAGUUGAGUUUUGCAAUUUUUGACAACGGGAUCGUGAUCAAGGGGUCGAAAUCUACUAGAGCCCAUGUUGUAUCAGAAAUCUCUGAUUUUCUCGAGUUCCCGAGCCAAAUUUAUUUAUUUUUGGAGCUCUGACUUGGCUCACGGGUUCAGCGAAAUCAUAUCGAUUUUUGGCCCAAAUCUUGCUGCAAAAAGUUUUUUCGCAACCCUCCGUUUUCCUUAGAAAAUCCCUAUUUUAUCCAGAAAUACCGGAUCCAACGAGAAUGGAGCAAAAGACGGAAAAUUGGCGGUUAUAAUCGAUGAGCCAAUCGUUGAUAUCGAUGUUGGUCCACCAGAUAAAAUCAAAAAUCGAAAAGAUGACGAAAUGUGUGAGGAGAAAACGGGCGAACAAGUCGAUGAGCCGACUGAUCGAAAAAAGAAGGGGAAAAAUAAGAAGAAGAAAAAAGUGAAGACAGAUGUGGUGGCGGAAAUUGUGCAGGAUGAUAAUGAGACGGCAAUCGGGAUCAUUUGUGAUAAUGAACCGCCGUCGCCUGAGGUACUUUCGAAGCGAAAACGGGUCUGCCUAUAG